UCAAAAAGCAAAUGGAGAUUAAGUCCCGGGGAGUGAAAUUGAUGCCAAGUAAAGACAUGAACCAGAAGACAUCUGUGUUUUCCUGCUUCUUCAAUUUCACUAGUCCAUCUGGGAUUGUGCUCUCCCCGAAUUACCCCGAGGAAUAUGGCAGCAGCUUGCACUGCGUUUGGCUAAUCAUCGCAAAACCUGAAAGUCGGAUCCAUUUGGCUUUCAAUGAUUUUGACGUGGAGCCUCAGUUUGACUUCUUGGCGGUGAAGGAUGGUGGAACAGCUGAAUCACCCACCCUUGGGACCUUCUCUGGAAACCAACUCCCAUCUUCUCUGACCAGUAGUGGCCAUGUUGCCAGGUUGGAAUUCCAGACAGAUCACUCAACUGAGAAGCGUGGCUUCAACAUCACAUUUACCACCUUCAGACACAAUGAGUGUCCUGACCCAGGAGUGCCGGUCAAUGGGAAGCGGUUUGGUGAUAGCCUCCAACUUGGGAGCUCAGUCUCUUUCCUGUGUGACGAAGGCUUUAUAAGGACCCAUGGCUCAGAAACAAUCACCUGUGUCUUGAAGGAAGGCAAUGUGGUUUGGGAUAAUGCAGUCCUGAGAUGUGAAGCUCCCUGUGGUGGCCACCUGACCUCACCAAAUGGAAUGAUCCUAUCUCCAGGGUGGCCGGGAUUCUACAAGGACUCUCUCAACUGUGCAUGGGUCAUUGAAGCUCAACCAGGGUACCCAAUCAAAAUCACAUUUGACAGGUUUAAAACAGAGGUGAAUUAUGACACGCUGGAAGUGCGUGAUGGCAAAUCCUACUCAUCCCCUUUGAUUGGAGUUUAUGAUGGGACCCAAGUCCCCCAGUUUCUCAUCAGCACCAGCAAUUUUCUCUACUUGCUCUUUACCACGGACAAAAGUCACUCGGACGUUGGCUUUCAGAUCCACUAUGAAACGGUAAAGCUCCAGUCUGAUCAUUGCUUGGAUCCAGGGAUUCCGGUCAAUGGGCUACGCUAUGGGAAUGAUUUCUAUGUGGGGGCACUGGUGACUUUCGGCUGUGAUCCAGGGUACACUUUGAGUGAUAGUGAAGCUCUGGAGUGUGAGCCAAAUUUUCAGUGGAGCAGGCCACUUCCAAGCUGUGAAGCUCUCUGUGGAGGCUACAUUCAAGGAUCAAGUGGCACUGUAUUAUCCCCAGGCUUUCCAGAUUUCUACCCCAAUAAUUUAAAUUGCACUUGGAUUAUAGAAGCUUCUCAUGGCAAAGGUGUUUUCUUCACUUUCCACACUUUCCACUUGGAGAGUGGUCACGACUACCUGUUGAUCACUGAAAACGGCAGCUUCAGUCAGCCACUGAAACAGUUGACUGGUUCCCACCUGCCUGCUCCUUUUAGCGCUGGCCUCUUUGGGAACUUCUCUGCUCAGAUGCGCUUCAUCUCGGACUUCUCCAUUUCUUAUGAAGGCUUCAACAUCACUUUUUCAG